GAAUGCUAAAAUGGUAUUCUCGUGAUGGCAAAGGCAAUGGACUCAAUGUUAUGGCAUAUACCAUUCCAACAUUGGCAGAAAUGGUUCCUGUUGUUAAUGAUAUGACUGUUCGAGAUUUUCGCAAAAACAAAAUAGAAAACAUUCUCUGUAAUAAUGGGCAAUUUUGGUUUACUGAAGGAACUCCACAGUCUAUGUUUCCUCGCAAUAUGGCAGAUGAUCGAAUUAUCUUUAACAUUAUUGCAAUUCCGAUUGAUAUUUUCCGAGUUGCUAUACUCCGAAUUGGACAUAUUCAUUUCAUGACUAACUUUGUAAUAAAGUUUCCACGUGAAGUAUAUUCUGUCAAGAAGAUGAUUAAUGCAUUUGAUCCUACACCGCAAUAUGAUGAUGAACAAUCGAAAACUUUAUCCAAUGAAGAAGAUCGUUUCAUUCCAAAUAUGCGAAAUACAAAUAGUAAAUUAAGUGCGCUUAAUAGUGUUAUUACACGGAAAGGAAGAGAUACCAAAUUGUUAUCAGCUUUACGUGCACGAGCAUGGUUGAACUUUUUGAUUGAAAUUUUGAAAAGAUUAAAUACGAAUUACAAUGAUCGAAAUGAAUUGAACAAAUUUUUAAGUGGAGCAAACAAUAUUCUUUUGGAACAUUCAUGUGAUUUUGGUAUUGUUGGACAAACGCUUGUUUUAUACAUGACUAUUGUCACCCGGUUUCGUAGAUUAUUUGAUGCAAAUCGUGGAUAUUCCAUAUUUAUUCCAACAUUAUUUAAGGUGUUUUGUGAAACAGAAAAAGUUCAACCUAUUCGGACAGCAAUCAUAACUGUAUGGGGCAUAUUCUUUCGUGUUCAUGGAGAAUCGUUUAUUUUUCAAGCUCUUGGGUGUUUAACUCC